AGGCUGAAGAUCAAGAUGGAUCCACACCACAUCCGCAUCGCAUCACAGAACCAAAACCUCCUGUAUGACCCGACGGACGAAACACAGGCAGCGCCAGCCGUCAUGACAUCGGCACCGUCCAUCUGACACCACCACCACCACCGCCACCACCACCACCACCAUUCCCAUGCGCCGUGACCCUUGUCGGCGUUGCUCUUCGUGUUGGUGAUGCGUGUGUGCACUGGCUGUGUGUUUGACAGGGGGGGGGUGCGGACGAUGGCGUUGUUGUGCGUAUCUUUGGUUGCUGUCGUGUUCAAGUGGUUGGUGUUUGCGAUGGUCGUUGGCAUGAUGGAUUCGUGUCCACGUGCACUUUGCGUCGGGGUUGUGUCCGUUCACCCCUCCCCCCUUGUCUGCGCCUUGGCACACCGUGGCACCCAACCCCACAACACCACCUACCCCUCCGCUCCAUCUCUCUAUCUGUAUCGCUUGUGUUUCUUUUACCCGCACCACGCUUGUCGCCCCAACAUGCACACACACGCAUGCACAGCAACAGCAACAAUACCAGGCGGUUCCACGUUGUGCCCUAGUGUCUCUCUCUCUCUCUCUCCAUCUCCAUUACCUUUUCAACUGCUCGCCCACGUGUCAUCAUCUGCUCGCUCGUUUAUCAUGCGUCUUUUGUUCUUUUGUUUGUUCCUUGCUUGUCUCGCUUGUGCAACGUUCUCUCUGUGGCUGCAUUGGUUUCCUCUUGUCUGUCUGUCCCAAUCACAGACACACGGACACACACACACACACACACACACACAGACACAUGGCUUGUGUGUUUCUUAGUUGCUUGCGUGACAUGUUACCUUGCUUGCUUACUUGCGUGAUCAAUCAAUACACAGUUACCUUCCCUA